ACGCCUAACAAAAGACGUUUUAAAAACUAUAUCUGCAAGCCAAAGAAAGCUGCGUAGACGUCACAUAAAAUCUUUGCGGAUCAAAUAAAUACAGACAAUCAGGUUUUGCAGAAGGUCCUCAUGCAGCCUAAAGGAGUGAUGUUAUGGUCAAAGAAGACUCUUGCAAUAUUUUAUAAAAGGUGUAGGGAUGAUUUUAUCUACUUUGAUGCAAUAGGAAGUGUGAUCCAUAAGGAAACUUCGCAAAGUCAUCCCUUCUAUGUGUAUGAGUUGGCGGUGAGAAACCCAUUGAAGGGGGCGUCACCACUUCCUGUUGCAUCGUAUGUUACAUGUGACCACACCACAGCAUCUGUGACCUACUUCCUGCAGGCGUUUCAGACAGAUCUUGUCAGGAUGUACAGGGGGAGAUCCAACAAAAGGCCUGUGAUGAUUGUCUGUGAUGGCUCUAUGGUACUUCUGCAAUCACUUGCAAUGACAUUUUGCAAGUCAAGUCUGGAAAACUUAUUGCAGAAGUACCGUCGAAUUGUCACUGGACAACAUCCCAGUGGAAAGAUCGACCUGCCCAUUCUUCAUCGAUGUCUCAGCCACAUCAUGAAGAAUGCCAAGGACCUCUGCAAAAAACAGAAUGCAAAACACUACAAGCUGGCAAUGCACACCUUUGGCCUACUUGCAUGUAGUUCAAGGCUUCAAGACUUGGAUGAGGCUCUUCUCAGUAUGACUGUACUCUUCUGCAGUUCUUGCACUGGGAAGAACAUUCAAAUGCACCUUGAAAACCUGCAUGUCUGGAUGGAAAAAAGGGGGACCUUGGAGAUAGAUGACGAACAAAUCGUCCCGGAAGACUACAAGCUGGAGGCUCAAUUCACCUUCCUCAUGAGGGAGCUGAAGGCUCAAUUCACUGCCCUGAAGGAGCUGGUGGAUGAAAACCCCCAUCUGAGGAAGCAGGUGGAUGAAAACCCCCGUCUGAGGAAGCUGGUUGAUGAAUACUUCACCCUGAAGGAGCGGGAGGCUGAAUACUCCGCCCUGAAGGAGCAGACUGCCACCAACAACCUCACCUGGGAAACAGAGAGACAUAUGGUGGAGCAGAUGGAGUCACCUGCCUCACUUUUGUUGAAGUGCCAUAUGGACUUGAUCCCCUUGACUCAACGUGUGGAGUCUGCAAAGGCCAGAGAGAAGGAGCUGGAGGAGGAGCUUGGAGAGAUGAACAUGAGGAUCAAAGUAAAAGAGGAAGAGCUGGUUGAGACAGAGGAAAUCCAAAUUGAGCAGAAGGAGAAAUUGGAAUCUCUGCUGGAGAGCUGUGAGGAGAAGCUGGAGUUCAGCAUCCUCCAACAUUGGGCCAGCUCCGAGAAAAGAGAGGAGCCCCCCCCUCUCCCCUCCCUCCCUUUCUUUCCCUCCACUCCAGACUAA